AAAUGCGAGGGCACGAUCUGCCAGUUCUCUGCCCGCGGACACACAGUGAUGUCAGAGCUGCUCAGCACAACACCACGUGCACGUGUAUGUGUGUGUGUGUGUGUGUGUGAGCGAGAGAGAGAUAGAGAGACAGUCAGAAAGUGGCCCUUGACAAUGAGUCUGUGUUUUAUUAGCGUGUGUGUGUGCAUGAGGCGAUGGAUGUGAAGAUGAAGCACAACAUGACAGUGCUUACACACACACACACUGAAGGAAAGAGGCAGCAGAAAUGAGUGUGUUUCUCUUCUUCUUCUUCUUCCUGCGAUUGAGAGUUUGGAUGUGAUCAGACAUGCUGGACUGACUCUGGAUCUGCUGAUCGGAGGAACGCUCCAGAAACCAUGACAGGUUUGGUUUUUGCAUUCUCCAGCCUGUUAUUACUCCACACAGCCUCCUCCUGCCCCAAAGAGUGUUCGUGUGAUGCCAAAAUGGUGGACUGCCGGGGUCGAGGACUGUAUGAUGUCCCCCGAAAACUUCAUCAGGACACGCUGGAGCUUUAUCUCCAAAACAACCGGCUUCGAGGCCUGGGCUCCAUGUCUUUUCGGGACACACCAAACCUCCAGAUCUUGGACCUGGCCAACAACUCAAUCUCAAUGCUUUCUCCCACUGCUUUUUUGGGACUCAGAAGCUUGAAAGUCCUGAGUCUGGCCAAUAACUCCAUAAGGGAGGUGGAUCGGCGUCUUCUGGUUUCCAUAAGGAAUCUUACAACAUUGGACCUGUCCUUUAACACCAUAAAUAGUCUACCUGGAGCUCUAGCUGACAGUUUCCACUAUCUGACCCAUUUGUUUCUCCAAAACAAUCGACUAACCAAGCUGGACCGUAUACAUCUGGAGGCUCUGGGGAAUCUUAAAGUUCUGCAUCUAAAGGGCAAUCCCUGGAGGUGUGACUGCCAUCUGAUCGGACUCAAACUAUGGCUGGAGACAUUCGCAUUCAAAGGUGGAGUUGUGGACAGCAUCACGUGUGUCCAGCCGCAUCUGAUGCUGGAGCGAGACCUCCGGCUCGUUCCCUACGAGCUGUUCCAUGCCUGCAUGAUCACCAGCUACAGCUACCUGUUUGCCAACAUCCACUACAUGGACAGCAAGCACCGCACGCUCAGCGGACAGCUCUACCCCAGCCCCAGAGCCCCAUCCGGAGGAGAUUUCAGCCCCGCAGGAGACCCCAUACUCCCCGAAUGCGAGGCCAAGCAGAGAUCCAGACCCGCAAACUACAGACACGCCAUCGCCACCGUGGUCAUCACAGGGGUUGUGUGUGGGAUAGUGUGUUUAAUGAUGCUAGCGGCGGCGGUGUAUGGAUGUGCAUAUGCAGCCAUCACAGCCAAAUAUCAACGAGAGCUCAAGAAGAAAGCGAAGGAGACUGCAGGAGAGGAGCAGAAAAACAUCGAAAGAGACCAGGAUAAGGAGUGAUACAUCAUAUCAUGCACAUAAGAGCACACAAACACCCCCAGGAUACACUUCGAAGCGUGCACGUGCUGUUGAUAACAAAAAAAAAAAUCCUGCAGUGGCAUAAAAAUGAAGUGUCGUGCAGGGAUUUCUGGGAGAGUGAAGUAUACACGGUUAUACACCAUAUUUAUUAAGGAAACUUGCCUGUUAACUACUGUAGGUCACAGAUUUUUCUUUUUAAUUGUUGAAAUUACAGACCCACACACUUUCACAGUGUAAUGACCGAUGCAGAAGUGUGCUCGUUUUUGCGAUUAUUUAAUAACUUCUGAUUCACUCACUUAUGGGAGAAAUGACCAGGAAUAAUAAACAGUCAGUCUACUCGCUCUACAAACAAGUGUGUUCAUGGCUAUAAGAAGGCAUUUUGAUUUAUUAUUUGACAGUCGGAGCAUUUGAUUUAUCAUUUGGGUAUCUGUUUUGAGAGUUCCAUAGUAUGGAUUUAAUUUCUGCAAUCAUUUAAUCUUAUCAUUGCCAGGGGCGAACUUAUCCAAUAAGCGAGGUAAGCAGCCACUUAGGGCCAAGGGGAAUUAGAGCCCCCCGACCAAUGCCACGAAGCCUAUAUUAAUCACAUAGCUCUUUUGUACAUCUUCAUAUGUUGUAAAAUCUGUCUUUAACUGUUAAGAUUUUAACGUUAUUACUUCUUUUCAAAACUGGGGGCCUCAAUAAAUCCGUGCGUACUGCACAUGCUCCAGGUUUGAGCGCUUCAAUCAAUACACUGCCAGCCAGUGUUGCCAACUUAGCAACUUUUCAGACCCCCAGCGCCAAAUUUUCAGAAAAGUGACUAGCGAAUGUUUUUCAUGUGUUCGUGAUGUACCAUUCCUAACGUCACUCUUCGUAACGAGCUGCGGGUGAUGCCGCCCCCGCCUCAAAAGCACUCAAAGGGGGCACAGUAUCACCCAGCCGUCUCUCACACCUGCAGCAAUGGGAGCAGAUCAUUCCUCUGCAAAUGUUUUAGCACCGCGGGGUAUUGCCCUGGUACAGUCAAACCCAUCUGCUUCUCCUCUGUUGGAAGUGUAAUCAUUUAAAUGGACGUUUAUUCUUUUCUUGCUGGUGUUCACAGCCACAGAGAUUUUAGUGACACCAGUUUCUGAACUUGUCUACGUUGGCAACACUAUGCCAGUCUGCCAGCGAUCAGAGUAGAGCUGAGAUGGAGGUAGGUGGAUUGUGCAAGAAUUUUGAGAACUACUUUUUACCAUGCAGUUUAUUUUCCAAACAUACUAUAGGGCCCCCUACAUGGAAUUGCUUAGGGCCCCCAAAUCACUAAGUUCGCCCCUGGCCAUUGCUAUGCAGAAAACAAAUAAACCUUAACUCUGGGAGAGUGAGUUUACAGAUAUACACUGUAUAUAUUAAGGUCAUUUACUGCUAAAUAGACUAUACUUUUUUUUUGGUAGCAUUUUGAUCAAUCAGACAUUUUUAACAGUGAGUUAAUUUUAAACGCAAGUCAGUGCACUUGGCAGCCAUAUUGGUGAAGCCCGCUGGCAGCUGUUUACUAGUCAUGCAAGUACAGAUACAAUUAGAAAGAGGAAGAUUUCUGCUAAUAUUUUAUAACAUUUAAUAUUUAUGCUAGAGCAAGUCUUUUUUUCAAGAUGGUCAAAAAUGCAUGUGUGUUCUAGAGUUUAAACUAUAGAGAGUACUACAAAGGUAUUGUUGCAACGCUAGCGGAGUUUGUAAAUGAACACUGCGUUCUCUUUCUCCAUAUACCCGUGUCCUGUUAUCCUCUUUUAUAUGUCUUCAGACAGAGCCAAGGCUUUUCUUAAAAGAUUAGAUCAUAUUUCAGGCCAGUGCAUCAUGAGUACUGAUGUUUCUCUACCUGCUAGACCAAAUAAAGGGUAUUAAAGAAA